AUGGAGGCUCCGGGGGACUGCGGGAGCGAGGCGCAGCGGGAGCGGGCGCUGUCCGUGGAGGAGUGGCUGCGGAAGUGGAGCACGGGUGCCACCGCCUUCCACAAGGAGCACGGGCAUCCGCUCCUACAGAAGCACCUGGACCUUCUGGUGGAUGGCAGGAGUGGGAUGAGAAUAUUUUUCCCGCUUUGUGGUAAAGCAGUCGACAUGAAGUGGCUGGCGGACAUGGGACACAGCGUUGUCGGCGUGGACGUCAGCGAGCAAGCGCUAAGGGAGUUCUUCACAGAUCAGAGUCUGCCUUAUUGUGAAGAACCAGUCCCAGGGAUCUCAGGAGCCAAAAAGUUGCAGAGUAUCUCUGGAAACAUUUGUCUGUACUGCUGCAGUAUUUAUGAUUUGUCCAGUGCAAUUGUUGGCAAGUUUGAUGGGGUGUGGGACAGAGGAGCUCUGGUGGCUGUGAAUCCAUGCGACAGACAACGCUACGUCAGCUUGAUGAGCUCCCUAAUGGAGAAAAACUCUUCUUAUCUCCUCAUUACGGUUUUGUAUGAUCCAAACAAACACAAAGGACCACCGUUUUAUGUUCCUGAACCUGAGGUUAAAAGCUUGUUUGGCAGCCAGUGUGAAAUUAAGUGUAUUGAGAAAGUCAAUGACCUCUCAGACAGACACAAGCAGUGGGGACUAGAUUAUUUUCUGGAGGUACUGUAUCUAAUAAAGUUUGUGGCUUGAUUAAAAUCAGUUAACAUACUUCGUA